AUGAACAAGAUCGUACCCCAGGGAGAUUUCAAUGGCAACGUUGCUACGGAAACUAAAACUCUCCCUGGAGGGAAAGUGGGCUGUAACUCCUUCUGCUGCUCCCGCCGGGGGGCCUGCCUCUCGGCCUUUGUGCUGCUCCUGCUGGUAACUCUCGCGACCCUCAUCUCCCUGGUGGACAUCCUUGGACUCCCACCACGUACACCAGGGGCCCAGGCCUGUGUGACAUCUACUAACAGGACGGGCUUCCUGUGCCAUGACCGGAGGACCUGUAUCCCAGCCAGUGGGGUCUGUGACAGUAUCCGCACCUGUGUCCAUGGUGAGGAUGAGGAUGAAAGCCUAUGUGGAGCUGUGCCCCAAAGCCUCCCCAGCUUUCUUGUGGCCCAUUGUGGAAACCCUGCCUCCUGGAUUUACUCAGACCAAAGGUGUGAUGGGGUCAACAACUGCGGGGACUGCUCAGAUGAACUGAUCCCAGUGACCAUGUGCCCACCCUGUGGCCCCGGGUGGUGGCACUGCACCCCGAUUGUCUUCAAGUAUUGCGAAUGCAUUCCGAGAAGUCUCUGCCGGGACCACACUCAGCACUGCUCCGACUGGUCAGAUGAGUACUCCUGCCCUGGACCCUGA